AUGGGCAUCACACGAACUUUGAUGGAUUUGCUAAACAGCCCCCCCCCCCAAACAAACAAAACGGCCGCGACCUCGCCCCUGGUCCACUUGCUCACACAUAUCUGCCACUCGUCGAGGGACUUCUUGACGGGGCCGUUCAGGUUGGCGUACUGCCGUUGCCCCAGCUCAGUCUUCCUCGCCGCCGCCGCCGCGUCAGCACCGGAACUGCAAUGGGACCCCACCCCUCGCUCAAGUAUGCCGUUGACAACGACCUCACCGCCCGAUAGUGGUUACAGCUGGCCGACGGGCAGGAUACCAGCGGGGACCACAAGCAGGGUUGGCAUGUAGGCGAGCUCGAUGGCGCGGAAGCGUUCUAGUUCCAAGUAAGAGUUUCCGGCCGCGGCAUGACUUGGGAGACAAUGAAGCCAUCUUGCCUGUCUGCGCCGCCGUCAUCGUCAUCGUCAUCGUCACCGUUGAGGCCAGACGCGACGGAGAAAGCACAGCGGACCGAGGCAGUGACCUCGGCGGUGAGGUUGUCGUUUUACCCACGAAUCGAUGUUCAUCCCGCCGAACCUCAUCUGUGUAAUGCUGGCCCGCCACCUGCCGUGGUUUGGUGCGGUGUUGCAUGGCGCUCAUCCCCCGGCAC